AUGGCUGCGGAGGAGCUGUCGGAGGGUGGCAUGGCCGACAUUGUCCGUGCCCUGCAACUCAUUCACAACCCUGCAUCUUCAAACGAUCUCCGGAAAGAGGCCUCGCAGUUCGUGGAGAAUCUGAAAGAUUCAGAUUCGGCAGCACGAAAUGGCUUCCUUUUGGCGUCUCGCAUGGAGCAUGAGCCCGUGGUACGAUACUUUGGCCUAACUCUCCUUGAUCACGUUCUCCGCCGAUACAACUUUACGAACCCAGACGAGGCCGAGACAUUGCGUGUGAUGAUUUUGCAACUCGCUGAGAACAUCCGGCCCGAAGACCCUGCCUAUUUCCGAAACAAGAUUGCCCAGCUGUGGACUGAGGCCGCGAAGAAGACAUGGGGAUUGGAUUGGAUGGAUAUGGAUGCCAAGCUGGUUCAGUUCUGGGGCGCAUCUCUCGUCCAUAAAGAAUUGGUCCUUGUUGUUCUUGAAACCCUUUCUGAGGAUGUGUUUUUCCGUGAGGAUACUGCUUCAUCACUACGGGGAGGUGAGCUCAACCGGUCUCUCAUCGAGAUCUUCACUCCUGCAGGCAUCGUUGAGCAAAUUACCGGGGACAAGCACAAUGCUACCAUUCCACGUUGUGGGACGGAGGGCUGGCUGGUUCGAAUUUGCGAGUUCCUGGACAAUUGCGUCCAAAAUAUCUCUAGCUCGGAACAGGCCCGGGAUGCAGCCGUAAAGGCUUUGGCAACUUUACGAUCUGCCUUAUCAUGGUCGCUCUACAACGCGGUCAUUGCCUCCCAGGUUGUUCCCAGCAUCUUCCGAGCUUUGCCUUGCCAAGAUGACCAAGUGCUCCUCUCUGCAGUUGAAGCGCUUCAUGCACUCUACGGAAGGAACACUAUUGGUGGCGAAGAAUCCAAUGGGCUGAUCUGCCUAAUAUUUGAGUCGGACUAUCUUCUCCUUCUUCAACAAAUCUUUGAGUGGUCGAUUGUAGGCCCAGACGAUGUUGAUGAAUCUAAAUACCUUAUCUCUAAAAAGCUCUCCGAGAUGAUUUCAUACAUCGCUGGGUGUCUGGAGGAUGAUAAGUUCUUGCGAGACAACACGAACCGUUUGAAUCUCCCGCCGUUCCUGCAAUUUAUGGUCAACAUCAUGCAACACCAGAGCUUAGUAGUGUCCAUACCUUGUUUGCAUUUAUGGUCCAGGUUGUUACAGCACGCGAAAAUCAGCAACUUGGAGUUUGUGGUCGGGCAAACACCGCAAUUUUUGAACAUUUGCACCCAGAGACUCCUUCGUUGGGAGUCUCUGCCCACUGAGUCCGAUGAUCCCACAGUGCAAUUCUUGAUCGAAGAUAUUGAUACCAUUCCUGAGCGACAUGCCUUUGUUGGAAAUUACCGCCGUUACUGUUCCUCAAUCAUCGAAACUAUCACCUUGAAGCGGCCCCAGGAAGCGGUACGCGAAAUUCUUGCGCGGGUUGAUACCAACCUUGAUAAUUUGUACAGCGGUGUUCAACCUUUCAGCAUGGAAACGUUCAACAAAUCCUCGAUCCCUCUCAUGCGGGCGGAUGCUCAAUUCGCAGUGGUAGAGGCCGUCAUCAAGGGAUACAACAAGUGGGUUUCGGCCCAUGGGAAAGCACCACAACGUGAUGAAUCCAAGCGGAUUGAACUCGAGCACGCUGUGGAAAACUGGGCUUCAAGUUUGAUGCAAAGAUCCUUUGAGGACCCUGUCUUGAAACAACGAGUCAUCAAGCUGGCUGUCGACAUCUCUUCUAAAGCCUUGGACAACCAUCCAGGCUUUGCACUGAAAGUUUUGGAACACAUUCUCAUGACACGCCUACCAGAUCAGUCCCAAUACCCAUUGUAUUCGGAGGCUGUCAAAGAGCUUCAUAGCUUGGCGAGUUCUGAACUCCGUCGGCUGGCCAUGCGCUAUGCGGACUACUUCUAUACUUUCUAUGACCUUCUUGAGCCCAAGAUUAAAGAAGUCACGAUGACUAACCGGAUAGAUGACAAGUUGCAAAUGGAGCUAACUUCUAUCUUGGUAAUCAUCAUGCAACGCGCAAUCAAUGUUGAUCCUUAUCUGCGUCAAAGUAGGCUCGCGGCCUUCCUCCAGCCCAUCCGUGAAUCAUGGCAAGAUGAUCAAUUCCGUCAAAACAGCUCUACUUUUGCCGGCUUUUGUAGUAUGCUUGGAUUGGAAAAUGUCGGUCCAUAUAUGCAAUCCAAACAAGCCCAGAAACUGGUUGAAUGGACAGAGGUUCCCUUGGACAACGAAGGAAAGUUAGUCCAAGAAGAGAUGACCAGGAAGUUCCAGCUAUUGCCAUUGCGUGGUACCAAAACAAUGUUGGCUGUUUCCACGGAUCGAGUCAAAAAGUCCAUGCCAGCCUACGGAACUGCCUGUGAGAUGUGGCACGAAUUGAUCCCUCUGAUCCUUCCCACUUUGUUGCAGCUUGUUAGACACGCUCAUGCCUUCCACAAUCCUACCAAUUGGAACAUGGUUGAAGGCAUGCAGCCAGUGGUCGAGCGAAUCCUGACAGAUCGGUUUUGGCAGGCUGGUAUCUCCGUCGGAAGCCGUGAGGAGUUCUAUGCCAGAAUCACAACCUCGAAGUCCACUCUUGAAGGGUUUGCAUCAUCGGUUCGAGGAAAGGUCCGGGCUGUUCGCGAAGCAUGUUACUCCAUGCUGUUUAGCAUGAGUCGCAUGCGGGAACACUUUUAUGGAUUCGCCGAACUUCCGGGUCCCCUAGCUGAAGCAUUGUUCGUUGAUUCACCGCAUCUCUCUUCCCACCAGUUCUCAGUUUUGCUCAACAUCUCACGUUGUCUGAUUGAUGACUGUCCCGUGCAAUUCCGCGGCCAAUUCCUACCUCCCAUGCUAUCGACCUUGUUUACCAACAUUGAUCGAAAAGUCACCACAGAAUGGGAAAUUAUCGAACAACGCAAGAAUGGGAUUUCAGACGGAGAUCUCACUACUGAGAUGAAGUCCGAAAGUGUUCUUCGUCAGUUGACUUACUCUGCUGUGAUCAUGGUAGCCAGCCUAUUCGAUCCCCAGAGAGGUGGUAACGACCCCCUGUCCUGUCGCCCAUCUUUGAAACGCCCGACACUGACAACAUACGAAUCCCCAGAUCCAGAUGGAGUUGAAUCGGAUCCUAGCGCACCUCAGCCAACCCCGAAUCUCCCUGAUUCUAUUCGCCAUUUCGUGCUCUCCUCUCCGGAGAUAUUUGAGCCCGUCAUGCUCUUCUGUACACAUGCUCUUCGCAUGCGCGAUACGCGUAGCGGUAGCAUUAUCACCCGCGUCAUCCGGUCAAUUCUGCAAGACUUUGCGCCUCCGAGCGACACCCCGGACAGUCCGACCAUCGCGACCAUUCGCGAAUUCAUUUGCACUGAUGUUCUCAAAGCAUGCAUUGCAUCUGUACAUGAAUCAUACUUUGUCGAUAUGCAAAAAGACCUCGCACAGCUGAUUGCAUCGAUCUGGUGCCUCUAUGGCUUCUACAGCGAGACACCCCGUGCUGUUUUCCUGAGCUUGCCAGGAAUUAGCGCAGACAAAGUGGCCCACACUGAGGCAGCAAUUCACAGAACUACAUCCCCAAGACAGCAGCGCGCAUUGGUUUUGGAACUUCUUGAGCCUUUGCGUGGCAUCAGUAUUGCUGAACAAGGAAAAAUCCUGGGCUCGCGCGAGGAACGUCGUAAGGCCCGUUCAGCGCUCCAGGAGAGGUAUAUGACCAAUGAGAUGGAAAGUCAGCAGCAGAACCAUCGUGUCGAUAUUAAUGAUGGUCCUGAUCUUGGUGGUGUUGCUGAUCUCUUCGGUUAG